GCGGCGGCGGCAGCGGCCGGGGGGGUGCGGAGGUCGCUGGGGCGGCGGCAGCGCGGCGGGGCCGGCAGCCCCGCCGGCGGUGCCCGCGCCCCGAGGAUCUACACGCGAACGGGGGACGAAGGCUUCUCCAGCACCUUCACCGGGGAGAGGAGGCCCAAGGGCGACCGCGUCUUCGAGGCGCUGGGCACCACGGACGAGCUGAGCUCCGCCAUCGGGCUGGCCAGCGAGUUCGGCGUCGAGAAGGGGCACGCGUUCGUGGAGCAGCUUCACAAAGUCCAGUGUAUGCUGCAGGAUGUGGGCUCCAACAUCGCGACGCCUCUCUCCUCAGCCAGGGAAGCUCACUUAAAACGAACUGCUUUCAGCGAGAAGCCUGUCCUGGAGCUGGAGCGGUGGAUUGACAGCUACUCAGAGCAGCUUCCUCCGCUCAGAGCUUUCAUCUUGCCUUCGGGAGGUAAAAGCAGCGCCGCUCUCCAUUUUUCCCGAGCCGUCUGCCGCAGAGCUGAGAGGUGCGUGGUUCCUUUAGUACAAGCAGGGGAAGCAGAUCCAAACGUGGCCAAAUAUUUAAACAGACUGAGCGACUACCUCUUCGUUUUGGCGCGUUACGCUGCAAUGAAGGAAGGGAAGGAAGAGAAAAUAUACAUAAAGUCUGAGCAGUGACUGGGAGCUGGGACGUUUGCUUUCUAGAUCAUGGAAAGGUAAAUCCAGGACAGUGCUUUCCUCAGGCAUGGAUAGAACAGAGAGCAGGCCUGCACUGGGAACGUGAGCUGCCGAGAACUUCCAACUAAAAUAGCUAGGACCUUGUUCAUAAAUGCUAUAAGGAACACAGCUGUUCUCUUCGGCCUUGUCCGAGUAUCUCUUGUAGUAACAAUGUGGUGCUGGUUUCAGAAUUACUCUUUGUCCUAGAUUGGAAAUGAGUCAGGAGACUUUAAUAACUACAGCUGAUUUCUAGAGAUGUCUUAAUUUCCCUGGGCAGUGGCAGGUUCUGUGGAACGACUUUGACGGGGCUCUGAGGAAUGAAGAAGAGAAAACAAUCAGCUUCUCUUUGUAAGGCACAAUGCUCGUGCAGAACAGCUACUGUGCCGAGAUUCAGGAACUCUGUCCACAGGCUUUGAAAUAAUAAAUGUGAUUUACUUGUA